GCUGACGACGCAGUGCAGCUGGUGUCGUGACCCGAGGCAGCGAGCGGAGAGGAACUGCAAAGAACAUUCAGGGAACGUAAAAUAAUUAAACAAACGAUUUAACACAUCACGACUUAAAACUAUCAAGGGCAUUCUGCGACCGGGAAAGAAAUGUCUGCAAAACCAGGUCAAAUAUAUUUAGUGACUGGGGGUUGUGGUUUUCUUGGUCAGCACCUACUCCGAGUGCUUUUGGAAAAAGAAGAUAAUGUGAGGGAAAUUCGGCUUUUUGACAAAUACGCCAAUCGAAGCUUGCGAGAUUAUAGCACAGCGCGGGUGAAGGUGGUGGUGACACAAGGGGACAUAACAGACUACUCCAGCGUGCUGGCAGCAGCCCAGGGUGUAGACCUGGUCAUCCACACUGCCAGUCUGGUAGAUGUGUGGCACAGGGUUCCUGAAAAGGCUAUCCACGCUGUCAAUGUACAAGGUACAGUAAAUGUGAUCAAUGCAUGUGUGGAGACUGGAAUUCAAUACCUGGUGUACACAAGCAGUAUGGAGGUUGUUGGACCCAAUGUCAAAGGAGACUCUUUUGUCAGAGGAAAUGAAGAAACCGUGUACAAUGUGUGCCAUGAGAUGCCCUACCCCAAGAGCAAGGCGGAGGCUGAGAAAUUGGUUCUAGAUGCCAAUGGAAAGAAGGUUAAUGGAGGGGCCAGCCUGUACACCUGUGCCUUGCGCCCCACGGGGAUCUAUGGAGAGCAGCACCAGUUGAUGAGGGACUUCUACCAGAUGGGGGUGCGCACAGGGGGCUGGGUGAUCCGAGGGGUCCCAAGUAAUACAGAACAUGGCCGCGUUUAUGCAGGCAAUGUGGCCUGGAUGCAUUUGCUGGCGGCGAGGUCCUUGCAAGAUCGUCCCCACGUAAUGGGAGGAGAAGUAUACUUUUGCUAUGACGACUCGCCUUACAAGAGCUACGAGGACUUCAACAUGCAGUUCCUGUCGCGCUUUAACUUCCGGGAGGUGAAAUUGCCGCUGUGGCUGCUUUGGGUUGUGGCAUGGCUGAAUGACCUGCUGCACUGCCUUCUGAAACCAGUGUGCAGUUACACACCGUUGCUCAAUCGCUACACACUGGCUGUGGCCUGCACCUCCUUUACCAUUAGCUCUGACAAGGCCUGGCGGCAUUUCCAGUAUCGCCCACUCUAUGACUGGGACCAGGCCCGGGCUCGCACCCAGAGCUGGGUCAACACCUUUCCAGAUUCUAGUGCUAAGGAUUCUUGACAUAGUGGGACAUGGCCUCAUACAUGCGUUUGCAUGAUUAAGUUCUCUGUAGGGACACUUUCCCACCAAUAGCUUGGAGGAAGGCUAUGAACUGAGAUUUGUUUCUUUUAUU